CAGACUGCGCAUGCGCGUCUUCGGUUCACACGUGAAGCAGACAGCAUGGCGGACGGAGUAGAAGCUCCGUUAGACAGGACACAGGUGAAAAAGGCCGUUCAGGCUCUGCAGGCUUUCCUGAAAUCCAAGUCGACCGGUGAAUCCUUGUUCCUGGACGAGACUCAACAGAUCAGCCUGCUCUUCACCCUCUGGAAGAUCCCCAAAAAGGCACAUACCAUCCGCAUUCCCUUGCCCCAUGGCCAGCGGCCUGACACCGACGAGGUUUGCCUCUUCACCAGAGAUGAGCCCAACAUGACGUCAGAGCAGACCCAGAGGUUUUAUAAGAAGCUGCUGCAUGAGAGGGGAGUGAAGAACAUCACUGAGAUCAUCCCGUACAAGGUCCUGAGGACGGAGUACAAACCACAUGAAGCCAAGCGCCGCCUGAUGGGGAACUUUGACAUGUUCCUUUCUGACGACCGCGUCCGCCGCCUGCUGCCGUCCCACCUCGGAAAACAUUUCUACCAGAGGAAAAGGGAGCCGCUGUGUGUGAAUCUGCAGAGCAAACAUCUGGCUCAAGACAUCCACAGAGUCAUCCAGGGCACCAACUUGAAAGUUACCAACAAGGGCUGCUGCUGCAUGGCACGUGUUGCCCACGCCGGCAUGACUACAGACGAGAUGACAGAAAACAUCGAGGCUGCAGUCCAAACAGUGAUGGCAAAGCUACGCACGAAAGGACCUGUAAUGAAGCUCAUCCAUAUAAAGAGUCAAACAUCAGUGGCCCUGCCAAUCUACACCUCAGACAUGAACCACCUGACUGUGCUGGAAGACACAGAGGAACAGGCCCGAACUUUGAAGAAAGAGAAAGCUGCAGCCAGAAAGGAGGCGAGGCAGAAGAAGACUGAGGCCACUGGAGAGGUAGAGGAGAAAGACAAGGAAGACAAAAUCCCACAGCUGGUUCCCAUAGGAACGCCCAGCAAAAAACCUAAACUGGAGACGCCAUCCAAAAAGCAGCUGCUGGAGAAGGCACCCAAACCCACUGGCAUGAAGAAGGCAAGAAAAGCGCCAAAGAAACACACCAGGAAGACUGGCCAGACUGACUUCAAAGUAAAAAGAAAAGUGCCUAAAGUGAAAUGAUUCUCAAAAGAGCAUCUUUUGCACAUAACCUUCUCUAUAAGGACAUUUUACACAGCAGCAGGUCGUUCAGAGUUCAUAUUCAGUCAUAUUUUUUUCUCCCUUGGAUUAAGUGGAUAAUAAACUUUGUGAUUUGAAACUAUCCAUGGCUAUGUGUUUUCAACAUUUUUAACAAAAGGUCUUUUGUCACAGCAGACACUUUUAACCAGAGCAUGACAAGCAAAGUUGGAACUAAUAUUGUAAAUGAAGGCUCUGUUUUUAUUUAACUAUCAAAUAAACAUCAUACAUGGACAGAGACCUGAAACUAAACAUUAUUCAUUAUUUCUUGUAUUCCUGAUAUGGAAGAAUGUCUGUAAUGAGAAAAAAAAUGAUUAUGGUGGCUUCGCCAAUGAUAAUAAAAGUGAUUUAUCAA